GGCUGAGCCUGAGUAUUGUACCAGGUUAAACCUGAACUCUCGGGGCUCCUGCCUCCGAGCUAGGAAUACAGUGCUUUUCUAGUGUCAUUAUGGUUCAGCUCCUCGUGACUCCUUGUGUAACCUUGAUAGAACAAAUGUCUAAUGAGAAACAGCUGCUGUGAUUUCAGAAACAUACACUUGAAUGAUCUUGAACUCCGUCAAAUCCAGCUGCAUCUGCACCCACUUACACCAGUGGUCUCCACCUUCUGAAUGCCAUGGUGACCCCCCCACCAUAAAAUUAUUCUUGUUACUACUUCAUAACUGUAAUUUGGCUACUGUUAAGAAUUGUAAUGUAAAUAUCUGUAUUUUCUGACCCAUGUGAAAUGACUGUUCUACCCCCAGAGGGGUCAUGACCCCAUAGGUUAAGAACCGCUAUCAUAGGGUAAAAGCUUGGGAAUGUAGUCUGAUGACCUCUCUAGAGCCAACACAAUUGGGGCACAGUCAUCCAAAUCAGGAACUGGCAUGCUUCCAGCCCCAUCACGGACUCCUAUGGAGACACCUGUAACAGACUGUGGCCAUAACUGCCUCUGUGGUGGGUGUACAGGAAUCCAGGUCAAGGCAGUGUGGUCAGCAAGAGCAUGGAACAGGAGUUGGAGGAAUCUGUUUAUAAAAUGGAUGAUUUCAAGCUCAGUCAGGAUGGGCAGGAAGAGGCUAAAUGGGUGGAUUUGGGUUUGGUAUCUUAGCCCAAGGUCUGGCCCUUUUUAGUAUCUUGUUUCUGGGCCUGCCUCCCUACACUAGUGGGAAAAGACUUAUUGGGAGUCAGAGGCCAGACAGGACUCCAGCAGUGGCUGAGCUAGCACCGCAGGGACGGCUGCUCCCAGGAAUCAGCUGAAGGGCUUCGUAGGGCUGGGUGCUGGUGUGUAUUGGCAGGGUGGGCCCUGCCGUGGGCCUGACUGCAGCACUGGCUUUUGUCUGCAGACUGUUACCUCUCCUCCCUACCCUCCAUGGGUUGCAGGUGUUCGUCUCUAGUUUUGGACAUAGCUCCCAGCAUUACUCAUUUCUCCUACCUCCAGUGAACAGUUGAUCCUGGUGUGAGUCCUGAAGACAAGACUUGGUGCUCCUUUGAGAGGUUUCUGUCUCGUCUGGAACCAGGUUUGCUCUAGGUCUCCUAGAGAUUACAUCAGUCAUGAACCUACUUCCACUUCUCGCAGAGCCCUAGGCUUCUCUUCUUGAGCAGCCUCUAAGCCUUUUUGCCUUUCUUCUCUCUGGGCUAGGCUGCAUGCAUCAUCGCUCUGGUACCUGCAUGGGUGGCCCCCGCUAUGACUCCCUAGAGGAGCUUGUUCUCCUUACUGAUGACUUGGAGUGGAGUGAGUUCAGAUCUCUAGCAUCACACUUCCACACAGCGGCUGUAGUUUCUUACUGUCCUCCAGCUUUGGGGCAGCAAGAGGGCAGUCUACAGUGUGCGGUGGCUCGAGGGGCUGGCCUGGGUGGCGGUGCAGUGUGGAGGUAUCCAUAGCGAGUUCCCUGGUGCUUACCUGUCAGCUUCUACAGGGUGGUCUGUGCCACUUUGUGCAAAGGCAAAAUGGUGGGGAGGGAGGAGAACGCUGGAACUCAAGUUGGAGCUAAGACUGGGCCUCAGCACACCCUGGUGAAGACAAGACAGUGCACCUGCUGCUGCUGGCGGGUACUAAAGCCAUUUUGGAAGUAGAGGGAGGCAUCCAGGGUUGGGUGGAGAGAGCAGGUGGGGAGCAGGGGACACAACCAGAGCAGGCGUGCGGCUCCUCCUUGAACCCCUGGAUCCUUCCGCGUUCCACGUCCCUCUCACACUUCAACUUCCACCAAGCGGCCUAACAGCUCUUUGGAAGGUGGCUUGACAAAGUUCGGAGCUGUAGACUCAGUAACAGCAAGACUGCAUGUUGUCUUGGGGGUUCUGGUAACUUCUGGUCAGGCUGUCGAAUGACACCAGCAGUGUAUGAAGGCUGCUCCGUAUGUAGUGAAGACUGAGAAGGAAGCGACGGGCUGGUUAGGGAGGUCUUUUCUGGAGAGGGGAUGGAAUCCAGGUUACAAAUGCCAGGCAAACAUUCUAGCACCGAGCUACACCCUCAGCCCGGUUUUUUAAAAAGGGGUAUGGCCAGAAAGGGAGGUCGUUGGGUAUUCCCAGUUAAGGCUGCUGUACCAGUGGGCUGGCAUUGGUUGUGGUUGGCAGCAGAAAUGGCGGGUAGGGACAGACAGAUAUUUCAAAGAAUUCCAGUUGGGGAAAGUUGGAGAAUAUGCUCUAAACCUCUGAGCCUUCUCUCCAGACUUCUUUGCAGCUUGGGCUGGGCUGGGCACGGGUAAGGUGACACCUGAGCAGAGAAAUAGGCUCCAGGUGGCUGCAGCCUGGUCUGCCUGUGAAUAAAGUUCUGGAAGGCCCGGCACUGCCAGUGGUAACUAGUUAGAGCCGCUCUCUUCCCUGCUGCCAGAGAAGCAAGGCAGGUGCUUCCACAUCAGGACUGGGGCCAGGGAAUUGGCAGGAGGGCGUGAAAAGAGCCCCUUGCAGAUGGCCCUGGGUUCAACUCCAGUGUGCCACCACCUAGCUGAGUGACCUUGAGCAAAUGUCAUUAUGUCUCUGAGUCUAUUUAUAAAAUGGGGAAGAGUUGGCAUGAGUUUGGAGAUUUCUCAGGCUCCACCCGGUUCUGAAAUUCGGCAAUUUCUCAACUAGGGUGCAUCCAUCCUGCGAAGGGUUAGGGGGGCCACUGGUGAGAAACUACCAUCAGUUCGUAGCAGAAUCUCUUAGGCCAGAACAAAGCCAUGACCUUUGGGAAGAGACUUUGAAAGCCAGAUCGUCCAUUGCCAGGAGCAAGGCUAGGGUUCUAGUUGCCAUUCCUGGGGCCAGAGACCUUGCUGGGCAAUACGCGUCAAUUGCACAGCAUUGCCAGCACUUGAGGUAGGGGCACAGCCCACCUUCCCAUCUCCUGGGUGUGUCCCAGAGUUGCUUGCCACAGCUCUGGACUACUCUGGCUGCCGGCAGUGGCAGAGUGACACCCUAGGUGCCCAGGACAGGCUGGGAACGGGGCAAAGGCGGAGCAAAGCCCGGGGUAGAGUGGGCAGGAGGGAGCGGGCGCGGUAGGCACUGGGAGCAGCUGGAGGGGAGGAGAUCCUGCUCCGGGGAAGCCCUGCGGGUGCGGCUCAACAACACCCCCUCCUCCCGGUCGGUUAUUUCGGACCCCGGGACCCGAUCCCGGGUCCGGCUUGGGAGCCUAGCAGGUUUGGAAGCUGCUAUAUUUAGCCCGCUCAGCGGGCGAGAGGAAAACUAUUUAUAGAUCAAACAAUCCGCACUCCCUGCGUCAAUGGAACCCCGCGUGCGUCACGCGCACAGACAUUCCAGGCCCCCCCUCUUCGCCCCGCCCCCUCGGGCUCCCCGUCCCCGCGCCUCCUCCUGGCCGCCUCCCGCCGGAACCGCGCCGCCCCCCGCGCCCUUGUAUGGCCAAAGCUCGCCGGGCCGCGUGCGUCAGUGGCGCCCCCGCCCCUCCCCUUGCGUCACGGAGCGCUUAAGAGGAGGGUCGGGCUCGCCAGGGGAGCCCCAGUGCAAGAGGUGGUGAAAGUUGUGGGAGUGUGCAAGAAGGACUGCGGAGCACACGCGGUACCGGGUUGCGACUGGGUCGCUGUUCCCGGCCAGAGGGAACAGCAGCCGGCCGGAGAUGCCCUGUAUCCAAGCCCAAUAUGGAACACCAGCAACAAGCCCAGGACCGCGUGACUACCUGACGAGUGACCCCCUGGCCCUUGAGUUCAGCAAGCCUACCAUGGACCUGGCCAGCCCUGAGGCAGCGCCCACCGCACCCACCACCCUUCCCAGCUUCAGCACCUUCAUGGACGGCUACGCCGGAGAGUUUGACACCUUCCUGUACCAGCUGCCGGGGACAACCCAGCCAUGCUCCUCAGCUUCUUCGUCAGCUUCCUCCACGUCUUCUUCCUCAUCCUCAGCCACCUCUCCCGCCUCUGCUUCCUUCAAGUUUGAGGACUUCCAGGUGUAUGGCUGUUAUCCCGGCACCCUGAGUGGCCCAUUAGAUGAGACCCUGUCCUCCAGCGGCUCUGAUUACUAUGGCAGUCCCUGCUCAGCCCCGUCGCCAUCUACACCCAGCUUCCAGCCACCCCAGCUCUCUCCCUGGGAUGGCUCAUUUGGCCACUUCUCCCCCAGCCAGACUUUUGAAGGCCUUCGGGCAUGGACAGAGCAGUUGCCCAAGGCUUCUGGGCCUCCACCACCUCCAACCUUCUUCUCCUUCAGUCCCCCAACGGGUCCCAGCCCCAGCCUGGCCCAGAGUUCUCUCAAGCUGUUCUCACCACCGUCCACCCACCAGCUUGGGAAGGGAGAGAGCUAUUCCAUGCCAGCGGCUUUCCCUGGCUUGUCACCCACCUCUCCGAACCUUGACACUUCCGGGAUUCUGGAUGCACCUGUGACUUCCACCAAGGCCCGGAGUGGGGCUUCCGGUGGCAGAGAAGGCCGCUGUGCUGUUUGUGGGGACAACGCUUCCUGCCAGCAUUACGGGGUCCGCACCUGUGAGGGCUGCAAGGGUUUCUUCAAGCGUACAGUGCAGAAAAGUGCCAAGUACAUCUGCCUGGCAAACAAGGACUGCCCUGUGGACAAGAGGCGGCGGAACCGCUGCCAGUUCUGUCGCUUCCAGAAGUGCCUGGCUGUGGGCAUGGUGAAGGAAGUUGUCCGGACAGACAGCCUAAAGGGGCGGCGUGGCCGGCUGCCUUCCAAACCUAAACAACCCCCAGACACCUCUCCUACCAAUCUCCUUACUUCUCUCAUCCGGGCACAUUUGGACUCUGGGCCUAGCACUGCCAAGUUGGAUUAUUCCAAGUUCCAGGAGCUGUUGCUGCCCCACAACGGGAAGGAAGAUGCAGGCGACGUGCAGCAGUUUUAUGACUUGCUCACGGGCUCCCUGGAAGUUAUCCGAAAGUGGGCAGAGAAGAUCCCAGGCUUUGCCGAGCUUUCCUCCGGAGACCAAGACCUGCUGCUGGAGUCGGCCUUCCUGGAACUCUUCGUUCUCCGCCUGGCCUACCGAUCUAAGCCUGAUGAAGAGAAGCUCAUCUUUUGCUCAGGCCUGGUGCUACACCGGCUACAGUGUGCCCGAGGCUUUGGCGACUGGAUUAACAGCAUCCUAGCCUUCUCACGGUCCCUGAAAAGCUUGGCUGUUGAUGUCCCUGCCUUUGCCUGCCUGUCUGCUCUGGUCCUUAUCACUGACCGACACGGGCUCCAGGAUCCUCGGCGUGUGGAGGAGCUGCAGAAUCGCAUUGUCAGCUGCCUGAAGGAGCACAUGGCUGCUGUGGUGGGAGAGCCUCAGCCAGCCAGCUGCCUGUCACGUCUGCUGGGCAAAUUGCCUGAGCUUCGGACCCUGUGCAUCCUAGGCCGGCACCGCAUCCUCUACCUCAAGCUGGAGGACUUGGUGCCCCCUCCACCUAUUGUGGACAAGAUCUUUAUGGACACAUUGUCUUUCUGAUCCCUACCCCGAACACGUGUGCACAUAUGUGUGCGCUCUCAUGUCACCCAUGUGCCUUUAAGCCCACGGAUCCCCAGAACACCCAGCUCCCAGCCUGGUUUUGAGCUAAGACUGACUCGCUUCCUCACUCCAGAAGAUGUACAGGGCGUUCAAGACCCGGGGGAAGGUGUGUGUUCAUGGGGGUGACCCCACUAUUUGUCUUAUCCCUGUAGCUCAGUCCUGGCCUUCGUGGUUUUUUUGUAAGAUAAAAACAUUUUUAACACAUACCACUCUGCUGUAAAUGAGCUGAAGUUGCUGUAAAUACAUAAAGGAAGAGGUGAGGUGGGGGUUGGGAGGAAGGGAUGGGACCCUCACCAGCCUGGGCAAGCCUUUCAGCCUCCACCUUGAGAUUUCUUCCACUUUCCUUCCACAUGUACAUAGCUGUCACUCAAGGUGAAUGGCAGAUUCUGAUUUAUAUUUGUGUAUUUUUCCUGAAUUUAUAGGAUGUGACUUUUCUGAUUAAUAUAUUUAAUAUAUUGAAUAAAAAAGACAUGUAGCUGAAAA